AUGGAAGGCAAUUUGGUUGGAAAAAUUAACAAUCAAAUUGAAAUGGAAACCCCAAACAAUAUCACAAUCAAAGGGAUUCUUGGAUUGUUAAUGGCAAAUACAGAGGCAACAGAUAUGAAGAAAGUUAUAUCAUUAGGAAUGGGUGACCCAACAUUAUAUUCUUGUUUUCAUUCACCUGAUGUUGCACAUGAUGCUGUUAUUGAAUCUCUUACUUCUCACAAAUUCAAUGGUUAUUCACCUACUGUGGGACUUCCUCAAACAAGAAAGGCGAUUGCAGAUUAUUUGUCGCGUGAGCUCCCCGAAAAGUUAUGUGCAGAUGAUGUUUAUAUCACAGCUGGUUGCACCCAAGCCAUUGAAUUAGCAUUGUCGAUUCUUGCUCGCCCUGGUGCUAACAUAUUGCUACCGAGGCCUGGUUUCCCAAUUUAUGCACUUUGUGCUGCAUUUAGAAACAUCGAAGUUCGAUACUUUGAUCUCAUUCCAGACAAAGGCUGGGAGGUUGAUCUCAAUGCUGUUGAAGCUCUAGCAGAUCAUAACACGAUCGGAAUAGUUGUUAUAAAUCCUGGGAAUCCUUGUGGAAAUGUUUAUAGUUACCAGCAUCUUCAAGAGAUUGCGGAAACUGCUAAGAAGCUUAGGACUAUAGUGAUCGCGGAUGAAGUAUAUGGUCAUCUUGCUUUUGGGGCUAACCCCUUUGUACCAAUGGGAAUUUUCGGAGACAUUGCUCCUGUGCUUACUCUCGGUUCUUUGUCUAAGCGAUGGUUAGUCCCUGGCUGGCGUCUUGGUUGGCUUGUCACAAAUGAUCCUAAUGGCACCUUCAAAAAUCCAAAGUUUGUUGAACGUAUUAAGAAGUAUUGUGACAUUUGCGGAGGUCCAGCUACUUUUAUACAGGCGGCUGUCCCUCGCAUUAUUCAGCAAACAGAAGACGUUUUCUUCAGGAAGACGGUUAACUUGUUGAAAUGGACUGCAGACAUUUGUUGCGAUAAGAUAAAGGAGAUUCCUUGUAUUAGCUGCCCGUAUAAACCAGAAGGAUCAAUGGCUGUAAUGGUGAAGCUGCAUCUACCGCUUAUGAUAGACAUAAGCGAUGAUAUUGACUUCUGUUUCAAACUGGCGAAAGAGGAAUCUGUUAUACUCCUUCCAGGACUUGCUGUGGGUUUGAAGAACUGGAUUAGAAUAACCUUUGCCGCGGAUCCAGCUUCUCUUGAAGAAGCACUAGGAAGGCUCAAAUCGUUCUGUCAAAGGCAUUCGUAUCAACAAAAUGAUCAUCAUUGA